GCCGUCCUUGCUCUUCUCCCCACAGGGAUUAUCUACGACGUGAUUGUGGAACCUCCCAGCGUGGGGUCGAUGACAGACGAACAUGGGCAUCAGAGGCCGGUGGCCUUCUUGGCAUACAGGGUAAAUGGGCAAUAUAUUAUGGAAGGGCUCGCAUCCAGCUUCCUCUUCACAAUGGGCGGCCUAGGAUUCAUAAUUCUGGAUCGAUCCAAUGCCCCAAAUAUCCCCAAGCUGAAUAGGUUUCUUUUGCUCUUUAUUGGAUUUGUCAGCGUGCUUUUGAGCUUCUUCAUGGCCAGAGUUUUCAUGAGGAUGAAAUUACCGGGCUACUUGAUGGGUUAG